GAGGUUCCCAAACUUGGUCAACUGUUCAUCAUGAGAUUGCUGUUUGUGGAACAACCAAUACCCAAAGCAGUCACCACAUCCUGGGUGGACACAUCACAUGCCAA